AAUAAGAUAUACACACGCGUAUUUACUUCGAUUCUUCUCUAUUUAUACCCCUUUUGCCGCAUUAUUUUUAUUUAUUAUCACUCACCCGCCUCUCUCAGCCCCCUCAUCCCUGUUCCCUUUCUUAUUCUCUCCAACCAUUUUCAAUCGUUAAUUAGAGAAAAUAAAAUGAGGUUAUACUGUUCUGAUGAUCUCAAGCGUAAGUUUGCCUGUGCUGUUAUGAAAUAUGGCGAUGAAAAAAGUGCUUUCCCUAAACAAAUUUGGCUUGAGAUGCAAGCUGAUGGAAUUACUCUGGAGCAAGUUAGAAAUCAUUUUAAAAACAACCGAAAAAAGCUACGGGAUAUUAAAGUAUAAAGAGAGCCCAAGAACUAUUUCUAUUGAAAUAAAAGUGCCAGAAGAAGCCAAUAAAAAGGAGCAUGCUUAUUGGAUAUUCAAUGAUCUUGCUGAAGAAAGUUCUAACGCAAAGGGGAAGAAUAGGAAGAAAUGUAUUUUGGAUUUAACUUUGAAGCUGAAUGUUGGCAGCACUUCUACAAUAUCACAUGAAGAACAGAAUUUAUCAUUAGAUCUCUCCCUUUGAAAAUUUUUGCCACCGGAUUAUCAUACCUGUCAUGGACCUUCUGUUCAUGAAGUAGCUUGCAUGCUAGAUAGCUGAGCAUUAUAGUUUUAUGUCUUUUAUCUAUAUGUUUCAUAUCUAUGUCGUUUUAUUUUAUGUAAACUUUCAAUUAUCCUUAGGAUUAUGCUUAUAUUGGACUUAUUAAGCUCGCUUCAGUUAUCCAUAUAUGAUAUGUGGCUUUGUUAUAUUUAA